UUUUUAAAGUGGCUGGAAUAACAACCCCAAUGCCAGCCAGUUCAAGUAGUUGUUAAACCAUGCCGAGGCAAUGUGACAGCGCAGGAUGAGACAGAGUCCCUACCAGCGGUCAUCGACACCUCUACAAGCCUAUCGGCUGUAGAUAUGUCCUUUGCAGCAGGAGGAGAAGAAGAUCUUCCAUCCUCGUUUGCUGACAUUCCUGCCCUAGUACAUGACCACAGCUACCUUCCCAUCCGCUUCGAUGGUCUUGUGGACAACGCUCUUGUGUACAUUUCCGGACUUGGUGUGCGACGGGCUUUGAAGAAGCUGUGCUGUGAUGUCUGCCUUGCCAGCCUGGUGACAGAGGCUGCAUCUGCCAUCAAGGACCAGAGCUACCACCUGUUGUCUCUAAGAAACAAUGGAGGCCUGGUGAUUCCAUCAGAGGGCACAGUGAAGGUCGUCAGGGCAGCAGAGUGGGUCAUUCGCCAGGCGUCAUCGAGUUCCGGACGAUCACGGCCCAUCAAACUGCUGGAGGUCAUGUACAUUGUACGGAAGAGGAUCGGGUCAGAGGGUGUGUUUGUGCUUGGGGAGCACAUCGUCGACACGCAGUAUGGCAUAGACAGCCACCACCAAACGCUGCUGACAUUAGUUGUGUCAGUGUUUUUUAAAAUAAGGCUACACCACAUCGCUAAAAUUACUACACUGAACUUACAGAGCAACAACAUGCGACAGCAGCUGAAUAAAACAGUCCUUUUCAAAGGGCAUUAGCCAAAUGUUACCACGGUUUUACCACGUCUCAGUCAGACCGGUGUUGUGCAAUAGUAGGAG